GGGAAAGCGUCGAGGCAGCAGAAACCUUUGAAGCCGGCUCUUUUGUCCGGGGCCUCGGCCCUCGGCCCGCCGCGCCCCUCGCUCGCCCCCCUGCCGUAUAUAUUGGGGUGUCCAACUUUUUCUCUGUUACACUGUGUGUGUGGUUGCGGGCCAGGUUGGACGACAUCCAGCGGGACAAAAUGUCACAGUACUCUGGAAAGAUUACUUUUUAUGAGGGGAAGUGCUUCACUGGCAGGAAGCUGGAGGUCAGAGGUGACUGUGAUAACUUCCAGGACCGCGGCUUCAUGAACAGGGUGAACUCGAUCCGUGUGGAGAGCGGAGCCUGGAUCUGCUACGACCACCCUGACUUCAAGGGCCAGCAGUACAUCCUGGAGCACGGCGAGUACCCAGAAUUCCAGAGGUGGAACUCCCACAACGACCACAUGGGAUCCUGCAAACCCAUCCGCAUGCAUGGCGAGCACUACCGCAUCGAGCUGUUCGAGGGCUGUAACUUCUCCGGUCAGUGCGUGGACAUCUGCGACGACUGCCCCUUCCUGCAGAGCCGCGGCUUCUCCAAGAACUGCAUCAACUCUGUGAAGGUCUACGGAGACGGAGCCUGGGUGAUGUACGAGGAGCCAAACUUCCGUGGCCGCAUGUACAUCGUUGAGCGUGGAGACUACUGCAGCCAUAACGAGUGGCAGGCCCAGAACCCCAACAUCCAGUCCAUCCGCAGAGUCGUCAACUACUUCUAAACCCCUCUGACCUCUGACCCCCAACCCUGACCAGCCCCCCUCACCUGUGACUGUAAUCAUGUACGAUAAAUAAACUCAGACUAAAAUAAGAAAACAGGUUU